CCGGCCGGCGGACACGCGUGGGGUGCGGGCGGCUUGCCGCGCCACGCUGCGGGAGCAGCCGCCGCCGCCUCGCACCACUGCACCAUGUCCGGCCAGCUGGAGCGUUGCGAGCGCGAGUGGCACGAGCUGGAGGGAGAAUUUCAGGAACUGCAGGAAACUCACAGGAUCUACAAGCAGAAGCUGGAGGAACUGAAUGCACUCCAGACUUCGUGUAGCAGCUCCAUCAACAAGCAGAAGACGCGACUGAGGGACCUGAAACUCACGCUCCAGAGGUACAAACGCCAUGCCAGUCGGGAGGAAGCGGAGCUCGUUCAGCAGAUGGGUGCCAACAUCAAGGAGCGGCAGAACGUCUUCUUUGACAUGGAGGCCUACUUGCCCAAGAAGAAUGGGCUCUACUUGAAUCUGGUUCUCGGCAAUGUGAACGUGACCCUUCUCAGCAACCAGGCCAAAUUUGCCUACAAGGAUGAGUAUGAGAAGUUCAAGCUCUACCUGACCAUCAUCCUGCUCCUGGGUGCUGUGGCGUGUCGAUUUUUCCUUCACUACAGGGUGACAGAUGAAGUCUUUAACUUCCUGCUCGUAUGGUAUUAUUGCACCCUGACAAUUCGGGAGAGCAUUCUUAUCAGCAACGGCUCGAGAAUUAAAGGCUGGUGGGUGUCUCACCACUACGUGUCCACGUUCCUGUCUGGAGUGAUGCUGACCUGGCCUAACGGACUAAUUUAUCAGAAGUUUCGCAAUCAGUUUUUAGCGUUCUCCAUUUUUCAGAGCUGUGUCCAGUUCCUGCAAUAUUAUUACCAGAGAGGCUGCCUCUACCGACUGCGGGCCCUGGGGGAGAGGAAUCACCUGGACCUCACUGUGGAAGGAUUUCAGUCCUGGAUGUGGCGAGGCCUCACCUUCCUUCUGCCCUUCCUGUUCUGUGGCCAUUUCUGGCAGCUCUACAAUGCCGUCACAUUGUUUGAGCUCUCCAGCCACGAGGAAUGCAAAGAAUGGCAGGUGUUCGUGUUGGCGCUGACGUUCCUCGUCCUUUUCCUCGGUAACUUCCUGACCACACUCAAAGUUGUGCACACCAAACUCCAGCAGAACAGAAGCAAGGCCAAGAAGCCGUGAGCCGCGGGGCCGGCGCCCCUCGAGACCCCGGACUUUGAGACUGCAGGGGAUCCCAGGCGGCGUCCUUGCUGCCCAUCUCCUCCCCAACAGUGCCAGUGACCACUGGCAGCGGUGACCUCAGGGGCCAGUGCAUCGCUGGGAGCAGGGCCGAGGCCCGGUCCCCAGCUGGACAAGAGGAAUGUGACCCCAGCCUGUCGGCGCAGUAUUAGCCGGCCCCAGCCUCCCUAUUUAUGACAUAUUUAAUAUCGCCUGCCCCCUUCCCUAGAAUCUGCUGCCCUCCUUCCCCCGCUGCUCUCUCGAGACUGGGUUAGUCUUCCUGGGAGGGGGCGGGGGGAACUAAGCCUCAGGGACCCCCUCUGUUCCCCAUCCUGUCACUGAGCCCCUCAGGUUUGGGCUUCGGACGUGCCUCGCUGGGGUUGGAGCCUCCCGCCCCGGGCGCCGCUUCUUCUGUGAGCUCCGGCGCCCUCCGGGGUGUUUCAGUUCUCAGAGAACCACUGUCGGGUCUGUGCCUCCUGCUAUUGUGCUUCCCAAGUCUCCCGCUCGCUGGCCGCCAGGGCUUGGCCUGAGGCAGGGGAGUUCUCCGAGGGUCACCACCAGAGGGCACCCCUGCACUGUUUGGCUGGUUUGAGGGUGUGUUUCCCUCCCACCACCCCCACCCCGGACAAAGUUUGGGUCCACUCUUGGGGGGGAGUUGCUUCCUGACCCCCACUCCUCAGCCCACCUUCCCAGAUUCAUGCAGUGAGUAACUCAGGGAGUGGGGACAAGAUUCAGCUUUGGCUGGGACUUCAGCCAGCAUGGAGGUCACCCGUGCUCCGGGCUUCCCCCCUUCACCUCAGAGGUUCUGGAAUGUAGCGGGGAGGAGAGGCAAGUCUGAGCAGGCUCACUUUGUGGAGGUCACCCUCUGAAGGUCGUGGCAGGCCUGCUGGUCACCUCACAUUAGGUUCGCUAUCUGUGAAGAAGCCAAAAGGUUUGGUUGCAUUUUCUGCGUUUUCUCCUCAUAUGGGCUUCAGGCACCCUUAACAACUUACCUAGAAAUCUCUGUUGGCCAGAAUUCACAGAUGGUGUCUGUAGUCAUGCUCUGGCCCUCGAAGGAGUUUAAAUUUUCAAAAUACAGUAUUUCCCCUCCCUCCAGUAAGAUUCCACAUGAAAAAAUCCAGAUUUCUACUUUCCCUAGAGAGAUGGAAAGAUCUAGAAACAUUCCCACAGAGCAGCAUUUGGCUGGGCUGAGCUGCCUUGCCUAGGGUGGGAGCUUGCUUUCUAGUUUGCCCCACUACUUCCUUUCAUCCCUACCCUACUUCACUCAUUUGGGUCUCCCAUCUGGCCCUUUAGGAACUUGGGUUUGCCCCAGCCUAGGAGUUGGCAAACUUUUUUCUGUAAAGAGCCAGAUGGCAAAUAUUUUAGGCUUUGAGGGCCAGAUGGUCUGUGUCACACGAGUCUGCCGUUGGAGGGCAAAGGCAGCCAAUGCAUAAAUGAAUGGGCGUGGCUGUGUUUCAAUAAAAGUUUAUUUACAAAAAUAGGCAGUGGCCAGAUUUGGUCCAUAGACUAGUUUGUGGACCUCCUCUAUCCUAAACCAUUCUUUUUUUGUCCACGAAGCUCUGGACUGAAUGCUCUGUUGAAUCCCCCUAGGCAUGGCAGGGCCUUGGGAAACCUAGGUGGGGUAGGGUAAGUUUUAUGUCUCUUUCUCAGGCCCAGUGGAGGCCAGAGCACUAGGCAAGGGAGGGGGCCGAGGCAGAAGAUACCAAGGAGGGCAGGAACCACCUGACGCCAUGAUCUCAUAGUAGGUAAAGCUGAUUCCCCGGCUUAUUCAGGAACCACCAGCUCACAAUCUCUGGGGCAUCAGAAUCACCUGGGACCCCAGACCUUUCAGGAGGUUCAGUGAAGGUGUGCUGGGGGUUAAUCUCCCAGGAGGCCAGGAUGGCCUUGGUGUGUGGUCUC